AUUAAGCCUUGAGUUCUUGUACAUCUCAGUUAAAUUUUUUUGAAGUGUGUUAUAAACACAGGCAAGAUGAGGGAGAACGGUCCUGAAGUAGGCUAUUACUCAUACUAGAGCUACAGCAAAAUAUUUGUAGGGUAUUUGUCGUUUUAGAGAUGUAGACAUUCUUUCCACCACAGAAAUCCACUGGCAGAUUCAGCAAGAAUGCAGUAGGCUUCAGGGUUUUACUCGCUUAAUAAUUAUUUUAUCAUAUGUUUGGACUUUGGAUAGAUAGCAUUUAAGUCAGACUUUGAGGCAAAGUAUGAAGAAUGUGUGCCAACUUGAACUAAUAUCUGGUUGAUUUCACACCUAUUGCUACUGGCUUAGUGGUUAGCACAUUUGCUUCGCACCUCUGUGGUAGGGGUUUGAAUCCCACCUUCGCCCUGCGUGUGCAUGGAGUUUGCAUGUUCUUCCUGUGCUUUUGGGUUUCCUCUGGGUAUUCCAGUUUCCUCCAAAGACAUGCAUUGCAGGCUGAUUGGCAUUUCUAGAUGGUCUGCUGUGUGUGCGAAUGUGCUCUGUGAUGGUUGGAACCCUGUCCAGGCUGUCCCCUGCCUUGUGUCCCGAGUUCCCUGGUAUAGAUAGGCUCCAGGCUCUGUGUAGGAUAAGCUAGUGGUUUUCAAAGUGGGGGCCGCCAGGGGGCGCCCUGGGGGCCUCAACAAUUUGGUGUGAAAAAUAAAUUCUCACUCUCAGACAAACACACACACACACACACACACCCACACAAUCAAUUCCUAAUGUAAAGAUGUAAUUAUUAAUAAUAAUUUUUAAAAAGUGGGAUAUAUUCAGAAGUCUGUAUUUUUAAUGUGUAUUAAAGACGUCUUGCAAAAGGGGGGCCUCGGACAAAUGUUAAUGCCAAUUGGGGGGCCUUGCCCUGGAAAAAUUUGGGAACCCCUGGGAUAAGCGGUAUGGAAAAUAGAUGGAUGGAUAUUUCUCUUGGAAGAGCACUUGUGUGGGAAUAACCAAAGACAGGUUGUUCAUACGUUCAUCAAGAAAUGCAUUGCUAAAUAACCCAAAAAGGGCUUAUACUGCAUGUUUAAACAACCUCACGAGUCGAUUCACGCGAUCGAGAGUCGUUCACAGAAGAGCCGGUUCAUUGGUGAAUCACUCUCCAGAGAGCUCCAGAUCGCUGCGCUCCGGACGCAUGGCUAAAGUUCAAACGCGAAUAACGUCGUCUCAGUGUGAAGUAAUGCGGAUUGGUAACAUGCGAAAGUUUGCUGUGGAUGUUGGAAAGGACUUGUAGUCUUUCGGAUGAACAGUUUCGGAUGAGCAGGUUUAUUUCUCCAGAAAAAAACGCGCGGAUGCGCCAAGCUUUUUGGAUAGAGGAAUAAAAUACACGGCACAUGAGUGCUGUUCAGAGUAAACUCGCAUGUAAAAACAUCGCCUGAGUUGUUUAAAAGGCUGUAAAAAAAAAAUCAAAAGGCUCUGUUUUGGAAAUGCGGUGGAUUUGGAUAGGGAUUGUGCCUGUGGCACUGUUGGUGAUGGUGUUUUCUGCUGGUAUCUGGAGGAGAGAACAGGGAUGUCGUGUGUCGGGGAGUGGAGGGCUGCGAGAAUCGCCAGUUCGAGCCAAGCGCUACGCCAUCAACCCGCUGGGCUACAAGUGGGAGCACUUCAACAUCACCUACAAAAUCACAACGUUCCCCAACACGCUGAAUAAAGAUGACGCCCGCAAAGCCAUCAGUAUUGCCUUCAACAAAUGGAGCGAUGUCUCGCCUUUGACCUUUACAGAAAUCACCAACCCUAACAAGAGUGCUGAUAUCACUAUUGGUUUCUACACGUUUAAUCACACAGACUGCUGGUGGUCUCCGCUGCACCCCUGCUUCGACGGGCUGAACGGAGAGCUGGCUCAUGCCUUCCUGCCCCCGAGGGGGGAGAUCCACUUUGACAACCACGAGUUCUGGAUCCUGGGCAAAUCACGUUUCAGCUGGAAACAGGGUGUAUGGCUCAAUGACCUGGUUCAGGUAGCAGCCCAUGAGAUCGGUCAUGCUCUCGGCCUGUGGCAUUCACGUGACCCCGGCGCGCUGAUGCACCCCAACGCCACGUACACGGGGCAGCGAGACAUCGCUCAGGAUGAUAUCUGGGGAAUUCAGCGUCUAUAUGGCUGCUUGGAUAAGAAGCGUGUGUGUGACCCCUGGGCGCGGUUAGGAUUCUGUGAGAGUAGGCGGAGUUUCAUGAAGAAACACUGCCCUCAGCGCUGUGACCUGUGUUACGCGCCCCCGGAAGCUGGGUCUACUCCUACUCCUCCUCCUGCCAACGUCAAGAUCAAGAUGGUGCCUCGGGGAAAAGUAGUGGGCUUCCGCUGUGGGACCAAAAACACGAAAGUGCCUCCAAAAGUCAGGUGGUAUAAGGACGGAGAACAGCUGCUGACCUCAAUCCCUGGCUACAUUUCCAUCAAAGAUCGCAACCUGCGCAUCGUGGCUAACGAAUUCAACGAGGGAACGUACACCUGCCAGAUCCACCGGCGUGGUAGUGUCAUUUCAGCUAACUCGUGGGCCAUCAGGCUGAAACCGGAACAUCCCUCGAACAAUAGUUGAUGGUGAUGGAGCGAUGGAGAGAUGGAGAAGCACUUACACUACCUCCUGCACUCUCGACCUCUCAGAAGACUCAUUACCUCACAUUAGUCUCUCAGUGGAGGACUUCAUGGACCAGGUUCAUUCAGAAAUGCUUCAGAUGAGUCAAGCUGAAACACAAGGGCUGUACAGUAAAAACAUAAGCAUUUAGGCCUUUUUUUUAAAAAUGUGUAUGCAUAUUAUUGAUUUAUUAUUUUGUUUCUUUGCUGAACAGACAUUUUACAAAAAGUAUUUUUAUGCUGUCAAGCUCGUUUAGUCACUUAAGAUAGGAUUAUGGUAUAGCAAUUAUAUAAAUCUUUAUAUUUGUAACGUCAUUCAUGCAGAACAAUUCGGUACAGUGUCUCAAAUUACUCCAGCGCAUUUGUGUUACAUGCAGCCUGAUCUUGUCCCCUUUAUUUCACAGAUUACCUUUUUAUGUUUAUUAGAAAAUAUGCAGUAAACAACAUACUGGAGAUGGCUGUUGUCAAUGUAAAAUAAUCAGUGAGGUAGACACUUUAUCACUUCAUAAACCAUGCUGUAAAACAGAAAAAAAAGAAAGAGACAGAAAAGAAAACACAGUGAUAGAAGGUACUGGAUCAGGCUUUAUCUUUAUAAACAACAUCCAUACAUAGUUGACACAUUUUCAUGUAAACUUUUUUAUUAAAUAUAUAUUUAAACAGGUUCGGUCAGCUACUGUGAGGGAGUGAUGAAUCAGCCGCUGCAACUGCAUCUUUUUUUUUUUUUUUACUUGUAAUUAAAUGAAUGCAUCAUAAAUGUU